GGCGGACCCAGGGAAGGAAAAGGAGGGAAGGACUGAAGAGAGGAAGGAGCAAAAGGAGGAGGAGAAGGAGAAAGAGAAGCCGAGGAGGAGGCUGUAUGUCGAGGCAGAGACCCAGGAUCCCACUGACUGGAGUCUUGCCUUGGAUUCCCAACCAAAGACAGGAAAAAACAUUGCAUCGUGAAGACAUUUCCCGUCAAAAUGCUUCCCAAAGUAGGAAUCCUGGUGGCUCUUGGCAUCCUCCAACUCAGCAGCGCCCAGGAAUGCGUCAGCAAACAGCAAGUGGCCAACACCAUCCGGCAGGUCCAGAAACUGCUGUCGGCGCAUGAAGCCUCCCAGAUGCAGAGCCUGCGCAACUUCAAGAAGCAGCUGACCGUCCUGCAAAGCAGCCUCCUCAAGCACGGGGCCAAGCACAACGAGAGCUGUCCGCUCCCGCCUGCUCCUCCGAACGGCCGGCGUCUGGGCGAGAAAACGGCCGUCGGCCACGAGGUGCAUUUCGUCUGCGACGUGGGAUUCCAGGUGACGGGUUCCGAGACGCGGCUCUGCCUGGAGAACCGGACCUGGAGCGGAACCACGCCGUCUUGCAAGAGCGCCAAGGCUUGUGCCAGCGGGCCCUGUGCCAACGGAGGCUCCUGCCUGGACGCUGCCGUCCAGCAAUACCUUUGCCAAUGUCCCGGCGGAUGGUCAGGAAACACCUGCCAGACCCCUCUCCAGCCCUACGCGGCCGCGGUCAGCAACGGCUCCUUCAGCCGCCAGCCCCGCUGCGCCCACGACAGCCUCUCCGGGUCACGACAGUGCCGCUGCGACGCCGGAUUCCAGAUGCAGGCCGGAGGCAUCUGCCAAGACGUGGACGAGUGUGCGCUCUUCCAGUCCCGCCGGCACUCCCGCAUCUGCCUCCACGAGUGCGUCAACCUGCCCGGCUCCUACCGCUGCACCUGCCCCAAAGGCUACCGCUUCCAGGCCGAACAGAACUCCUGCCACGAUGUGGACGAAUGUGCCGACAACCAGCACAACUGCAGCCCUGGCCAGACCUGCGUCAACGUCUUUGGGGGCUUCCGGUGCGUCCGGCCCGAGUGCCCCAAGACCUUCCUCAACACCACCUACGUCAAGACCUCGCCCUUGCAGUGCGAGCGCAGCCCGUGCGCCAUGGAGAGCGGGGCCUGCCGGAAGGCGGCGCACGCAAUCUCCUUCCACUUCCUGUCGCUGCCCUCCAACCGCAGCGUGCCCAGGGUCCUCUUCAAGAUGUCGGCCACACGCUUCGUGGGCGACAGCCUCCGCUUCGGCAUCCUGGGCGGCAACGGGCAGGGCCGGCUGGUGGUCCAGCGCUCGGACCAGCACACCGGGGAGCUGGUGCUGACCCGCCCGGUGCUGGGCCCGGCCACGCUGGAGGCCGAGCUGGAGAUGAGCGAGUUCUCCCGCAAGACCCUCCUCGGAAAGCACCUCUUCCGCGUCACCCUCUUCGUCUCCCAGUACGAGUUCUGAGCACCUGCCCGGAGGCAUCGGCGGGCGGGACGUGGCCCGGGCCACGUCUCAAAGGACAGCCUUGGAAAAUGUGGAUCCAUUGAUGCUCCAUGCCUGCGUUUCCCGUUAAGUCAUUCUCUCCAUUCAGAACCAUUCGCUGCUUCUCCUUCCACACGCUAUGGAUUUCCUCCAAGGCAAAACCUUGAUAGCCGUCAACGUCACUCGCAAGAGGAUCUUGGAAAUAUUUUUCAUGCUUUAGCCAAAAUAUGCUGAUGCUCAAUGCCUACCUUUCCAAUUUUCCCUAUUAGGAAUAAUUCGCUGCUUCUCCUUCUACACAGCAUAUAAGAGGGUUGAAUGAAAAGUAAUGACUCCACCUUCGUUACUUAGGUUUGGAAGGGAAAUUUUUAAUAAAUCACACGCAGAAAUAAUCCUUAGAAUGUGCUCUUCAACUACCACUAUUCACUUUUCCACAUCAUCACCAGGCAAUUGGAUACAUGUUUUGUCCAUACAAAACCAUUCACUGCUUCUUGUUCUACAUGCUAUGGCUUUCCUCCAAGGCAAAACCUUGAUAGCCAUCAACAUCACUCGCAAGAGGAUCUUGGAAAUAUUUUUCAUUCUUUUAAAAAAAAAUAUUAGUGUUCCUUUCAACAUAAAGACAGACAAAAAACAUACAAUAAAAUAAAUUACAGAAUUGAGGGAAAAGAGAGAGAGAAAAGGGAAGAAAAAAGAACUAGAAGGGGAAGAGAAAAAAAAGAAGAGGGGUAAAAAUUGAAUAAACCAACCCCCCCCCCCAAAAAAAACAUGUAAAAUAUAAAAUGAACUUCCAACUAUUACAUGGUGUCUUUGGCUCUCAUCUUCCCCCCUUUUCCUGAGUUCUUGAAUUCAUCCUGAUAACCCAGAUCAUUCCUUUUCUUCUGUUAUGAGGUUGAAAUAUUUUUCAUUCUAUACAAAGAUAUGUUGAUGCUGCAUGUCUGCAUUUCCAUUUAAGUCAUUCUCUCCAUUUAGAACCAUUUGCUGCUUCUCCUUCUACACACUAUGGAUUUCCUCCACGUGUGAUAUACCUCACAACCUCUGAGGAUGCCUACCACAGAUGCAGGCGAAACGUCAGGAGAGAAUGCUUCUGGAACAUGGCCAGACAGCCCAGAAAACUCACAGCAACCCAAAGUUCAGAAAUGUGUACAACGCUUGCCUAGUUUCUAACAGACCUCACAACCUCUGAGGAUGCCUACCACAGAUGUGGGCGAGACGUCAGGAGAGAAUGCUUCUGCAACAUGGCCAGACAGCCCAGAAAACUCACAACAACCCUUACCUUUUUUUUCCUCCUGUUCCUUGCAGACUUUCUUUUCGUCUCAGAUGAAAUACGCGAAGCCUCUGUUCUCUUCUUUUCUCCGAUGCCAUGCUCAGGCCCCAUUUUUUUCUGUCGGUUUUGAAAUGGCAUUGCUACCUGCUCUAGCUUGGUAUCAGAGACAGAAAAUUUAAAAAUAUACAUACGAAUAUUCGUUGUCUUUACUUGUACAGGUACAUACAUGUGAUUGUGUGUCACAUGGAAAUAUUUCUUUGUAGGACAAUAAACUUUUACCUGCAAAAUUGCCAUCCUGUCCCUGAUUUAAGAAUAAUCUAUCUAUAUGCAUAAUAAAAGUGAAAAUAUGUAUGUGUGUAUGUGGCUGGACUGUCCACUUACAUAGACAUCCUCCCACUUCCACAAAUAGCUACUCGGGAGACCCCAAUGGCCCUCCGUCCAAUGACAUUGCAGGUUAUGGCGAGCACCGUGAACAUGUCCAGUGUCCUCCACACACACCAUACUACCCAACACCCAAGUGAAAGCUUUCAUAUGGCGACAAUUCCAUCCUAGAUUUUAGGUGUUUCCUCCACCACAGACACCCGUGUUUCUGACUCUCUCCGUUGGUGUGGAAUUUGCAUGAUCCCGCCCACUGCCUCUCCCAUAACCCUUUCCUACAGCACACAGCAAACAGAGGAACUGACCAGCAACUGAACAUACUAGAGAGGUUCAUUGGGGAGAAUUCACCAUGAUUUAUAGGAGUUGUACAUACUGGGAUGUAUAGUUCACCUGCAAUCCAAGAGCACUCUGAACUCCACCAAUGAUGGACCUGGAACUCACUCAGCACACAGAACCCCCAUGACGGCCAAUCGGAACAGGAAUUUUUAGGAACCGGCCAAUCGGGAACAAACAUCUAAAACCCGGGAACAAACCCAGAUAAAAUAUUCCGUGAUUUCCAAUUGCAGGGACAUACAAACAUGCGGUGAUCCGGAUAUUUGGCUCAAAACCGGGAUAUUCCCGUACCUAGAAGUCUUGUGUUUUUAGCCUUUUGUAGCAAUUGCUUACGAGUUUACAGGGAACGGCGUAGGUAGGGGUUCAAGGAGGAGCGGUUGUUGCCUGGGGAUAUUAGCAAUGUUUUUCACACAUAAAACUCAGAAGUAGUAACUUUCUCUCCAACCUGUAUUGAUCUGGAAUAAAGAGAGCUGGAGUUUUGUAUUGUGUAGUUUGGAAAUUUCACUUAUGGUUUAAAGCAAGUUCAUUGUGUGUGCCUGUGAUAUGCAAUGUAAUGCAGCAUUCCAGUAGUGUAAGAGUUAAAUGCAUAGAGUAGAGGGUUAUUGCUAGAGGGAAACAGUGUGUGGUUUCCGGAUACUCACUGCUCUGGAAUGUGGCCGGCGACAGAGUAAGCUUCACUCGUGGCCAUGUCGGAUGCUUAGAUGUUACGCUCCGGCAAAGCUAUGUAAAUAUUGUAAUCACUUCAAUAAAUAUAAGAACUUCUGGCUUGAGCAGA